AUGAUGGGAGGCUUCUGGAGCCACAGUGGAUGGAACUCAACGCACGAGAGCAUUGUGGAAGGAGUUCCAAUGAUUUGCAGACCUUUUCAGGGCGAGCAGAAGUUAAACGCAAUGUAUAUAGAAAGCGUAUGGAGUGUAGGAAAUCAGAUUGAAGGUGAAGUUGAAAGAAGACAGGUUGAGAAAGCUGUGGAGAGGUUGCUUGUGGAUGAAGAAUGUGCAGGCAUGAGGGAAAAAAGCCCUUGA